CAACGUCUCAACUCAUCUCCUCUCUGUCUCUCUUUUUAAAAUAUAUCUGAAAUUUCUGAAGCCCUUCUACAGUUUUUCUCGAACCAUGACUGCGCAGAAAUCUGUGUUGCAACUGAGUGUUCACGAGGAAAGGAUCAGAAGAAAAGCGUGGGAGACCGUUUCUAAGUUUUCAGGUGUUACUUCGAUAGCAAUGGAUGAUAAAACCGGGAAAAUGACGGUGGUGGGAGAAGUUGAUGUACCGAAACUUGUAAAGAAGCUAAGGAAGAUAUGUACGGCAGAUAUCGUUUCGGUAGAAAUUGUUAAACCACCUGAGAAGAAGGAAGAGAAAAAGGAACCGGAGAAACCGAAACAACCCGAGGUUAUUGCUCACCCGGUUACCUAUUGGACCAACCAGUACCAAUACCAUCCUGCUUCAUAUGCAAGUGCUUACUAUCCACCAUGUGAGUAUUCUAGAGUUGUGGUGGAAGAACCAAGGCCUUGUGUGAUUAUGUAAUUUUUCCUAGAAUUAUUUCAUAUAAUAUUAGUUAUGUUUGCACUUAAUUUUAAUGGAAGAGUGUAUUUUUGGGUAUUGUAAUCUACAUUUCCCGUAUAAUCUUAUUCGAUAAAAACAGUCAACUUGUGUAUCAUGUAUGAUGAAAUUGAUUUUUGGAUGCUUUAUUAUUACUUUUAUUUCGG